GUUUGUUGUGUUUACACUGGCGGGCGGCGGCUUACCAAGCCCGGGUUGUGUCCAUCACACCACUAAACUUCAUAUAUCACAUCACAUACUUCAUAUAACAGGCACGAGAGACAUCUCCCGUCACGCAGGGUGCAGUCGCACCUCCACAGAUCUCUUGAUAAUAGUAAUGGCUCAAAAGGGCCACCACUUAGGGGCUAUUCAUGCCCGUGCCACCUUUUGUCUGGCUUAAUCUUCAAUCAAUUAAUCAAUCAAUAUAACAGGCAUAUAACUAUAUGCCUGUUAAGUAGAAGAUUUUAAUUGUUAAUAGCAUUAUAUUGUCGUUUUAUUAUUGAACACAUACACAGGUGAAACGUCCGAAGCUGUUGGUGACCGAUGUGGUAAAAAUAUUAAGUGUUCGAUGUGGUCAAUGUACCGAGUGUCUUGUAUCCUCCCCACACCCGCGCACAGCUGAUAUUUGUAAUUGUAAACACACACUGGUCGCGAUGAAACCUUCCAAGCUGACAUUCAGCGAACAUGAGAAGACUCUGCUGUUUUCCCUCAUCUCCCGGGAGAAGCAGGUGUUGGAGUGCCGAGACAACAAGGCCCAAAGUCUGGAGGAGAAGCGCGAGACUUGGGAGGUGGUAACGGCACGUUUUAAUAGCGAGGCGACAGUUGCCAGGACGGUCGAGGAGCUGAAGAGGUGUUGGAUGAACCAGAAGUACCGUGAGAGGUACCAUGAGAGAGUGAAAAUGAUGACUAAGUUCUGCUGCAUGCCCAACUGUGACAGCUGUUCCAGAACAGCCAGGCUCUUCAGAUUCCCGAAACAGCCAAAAAUGGCACUGAAAUGGAGACAAAUUAUAGUCCAGGAUAAAAUUAAAUCUUUUUACAUCACCAAGAAUAAAUUUGUGUGCGAGCACCACUUCAGGGACACGGAUUUUAGGCCGCUUGAACCUGGAAAUUUAUUUAGGGCACUCAAGCCACAUGCUGUGCCUAAAAUCUCUAGGAAGUCUCAACUUAAAAAGAAGACAUUCAGUACUCCAUUUGACACAGAUGAGGUGGUAGAGAGAACAGGGCAAGGAAUGGGAAGCUCCUCUACGAGCCAAUCACUACCUUCCACGAGCCAACUACUACCUUCCACGAGCCAAUCACUACCUUCCACGAGCCAAUCACUACCCUCCCCGAGCCAAUCACUACCUUCCACGAGCCAAUCACUACCUUCCACAAGUCAACGUUAUAAUGAAUCGAGAAAACCUCCAUAUGUCUACUGGCAGCUGUGUGUUCAGGCAAUUGCUAAUGCCCCGAACAAACAAAGGACUGCGAGGGGUAUACAUGAUUACAUCAUGAAGCACUACCCGUACUUCAUAAAAAAUAAUAAUUUCCUGAGGAGCACCGUGUGUCCUACGCUCUAUUGCAACAAAUGCUUCGUCAAAGUCCCAGAAACCAGAAAUGAGGAAGGUUUAUGCCUCUGGAAAAUUGAUCCAGCAUUAGAGUGUGAAUUAGUAAGGAAAGCAUUCAAGCCUAAACAGUCCAUGUUGAGGACGCAGAAGAAACAUCAAUUGUAUAGUAUGAAGAUGAAGAUCUCGGACAGAAAAUCAUCAAUUAGCAAAUUAGCAUUACAAGAUGAGCCCUCAGCAUUUGAAUAUGUGAGCUGCUCUGAAAAAUCUGCAAAUGAUGGUCCUGCCACUGUUGACGGUAUGGAUGAUGAAGUUGAUGGUCUUGCCGAUAUCGAUGCUUUGGCUGCUGACGUUGAUGGUCUUGAGGAUAUUGAUGCUUUGGCUGCUGACGUUGAUGGUCUUGACGAUAUCAAUGCUUUGGCUGCUGACGUUGAUGGUCCUGCUGUUGCCUCAACCACUACAUUUAGCACAUCCAGAGCACCAUCUUUACCACCACCUCAUCAACAUUUGCAAGGAAAAGCCGGGAAGUACAAAAAAUGUCACGUCAACUUUACAGGAAAAUACCGGAAGUACAGGCAAAGAGGUGGCCAGGUAGUAGAGAGAACAGGGCAAGGAAUGGGAAGCUCCUCUACGAGCCAACCACUACCUUCCACGAGCCAACCACUACCUUCCACGAGCCAAUCACUAUCUUCCACGAGCCAACCACUACCUUCCACGAGCCAACCACUAUCUUCCACGAGCCAACCACUAUCUUCCACGAGCCAACCACUACCUUCCACGAGCCAACCACUACCUUCCACGAGCCAACCACUAUCUUCCACGAGCCAACCACUAUCUUCCACGAGCGAAUCGCUACCUUCCUCGAGCCAACAUUAUAAUGAAUCCAGAGGCCCAGAAGCUCAGUGUCUUUCAAAACCUCCAUAUGUCAUUUGGCAGCUGUGUGUUCAGGCAAUUGCUAAUGCUCCGAACAGACAAAGCACUGCGAAGGAUAUACAUGAUUACAUUGUGAAGCACUACCCGUAUUUCAAUUUAAAUAAUCAUUUAUGGGAGAAAACCGUGCGUCCUGCACUCUGUUGCUACAAGUUCUUCGUCAAAGUCCCAAAAAUGAAAGAUGAGGAAGGUGUAACCCUCUGGAAAAUUGAUCCAGCAUUAGAGUGUGAAUUAAUAAGGAAAGCAUUAGUGCCUAAACAGUUGCAGAAGAAGAGGCGGAAGAAACAUCUAUUGUAUAGUAUGAAGAUGAAGUUCUCGAGCAGAAAGUCAACAAUUAGCAAAUUAGCAUUACAAGAUGAGCCCUCAACAAUUGAAUAUGUGAGCUGCUCUGAAAAAUCUGCAAAUGAUGGUCCUGCCACUGUUGAUGGUAUGGAUGAUGAAGUUGAUGGUCUUGCCGAUACUGAUGCUUUGGCUGCUGACGUCGAUGGUCUUGACAAUAUCGAUGCUUUGGCUGCUGACAUUGAUGGUCCUGCUGCUACCUCAACCACUACAUUUAGCACAUCCAGAGCACCAUCUUUACCACCACCUCAUCAACAUUUGCAAGGAAAAGCCGGGAAGUACAAAGAAUGUCGCGCCAACGUUACAAGAAAAUACAGGAAGUACAGGCAAAGAGGUGACCAGAAUGAAUCCAGAGGCCCAAAAGCUCAGCGUCUUUCAAGACCUUCAUAUGUCUCUUGGCAGCUGUGUGCUCAGGCAAUUGCUAAUGCCCCGAACAGACAAAGCACUGCGAAGGGUAUACAUGAUUACAUCAUGAAGCACUACCCGUAUUUCAAAAUAAAUUAUAAUUUAUGGAAGAACUCCUUGCGUCCUGUACUCUCGUGCUACGAUUACUUCGUCAAAGUCCGGAACACGAAAGAUGAGGAAGGUUUAACCUUCUGGAAAAUUGAUCCAGCAUUAGAGUGUGAAUUAAUAGAGAAAGCAUUCAAGCCUUCACAGUUCCUGAUGAGGAGCCGGAAGAAACAUCUAUUGUCUAAUAUGAAGAUGAAGUUCUCGAGCAGAAAGUCAUCAAUUAGCAAACUAGCAUUACAAGACGAGUCCUCAACAGUUGAAUAUGUGAACAGGUUUAAAAAAUCUGCAAAUGAUGGUCCUGCCAAUGUUGAUGGUACAGCUGAUGAAGCUGAUGAACUUGCCGAUACUGAUGGUUUGGCUGCUGACGUUGGUCAUGAUGAUAUCGGUGCUUUGGCUGCUGACGUUGAUGGUCCUGCUGUUGCCUCAACCACUGCAUUUAGCACAUCUAGAGCACCAUCUUUAACACCACCUCGUCAGCAUUUGCAAGGAAAAGACGUGAAGUACAAAAAAUGUCGCGACAACGUUACAGGAAAAUACAGGAAGUACAGGCAAAGAGGUGGCCAGGUGGUAGAGAAAACAGGGCAAGGAAUGGGAAGAUCUUCCACGAGCCAAUCACUACCUUCCAUGAGCCAAUUGCUACCUUCCACGAGCCAAUCACUACCUUCCACGAGCCAACCACUACCUUCCUCGAGCCAAUCACUACCUUCCACGAGCCAACGUUAUAAUGAAUCGAGAGGCCCAAAAGCUCAGUGUCAUUCAAAACCUCCAUAUGUCGCUUGGCAGCUGUGUGUUCAGGCAAUUGCUAAUGCUCCGAACAGACAAAGCACUGCGAAGGGUGUACAUGAUUACAUUAUGAAGCACUACCCGUAUUUUAAUUCAAAUAAUAAUUUAUGGAAGAACAUCGUGAGUCCUACGCUCUAUUACAAAAAAUACUUCGUCAAAGUCCGGAACACGAAAGAUGAGAAAGGUUUAACCCUCUGGAAAAUUGAUCCAGCAUUAGAGUGUGAAUUAAUAGAGAAAGCAUUCAAGCCUUCACAGUUCCUGAUGAGGAGGCGGAAGAAACAUCUAUUGUCUAAUAUGAAGAUGAAGUUCUCGAGCAGAAAGUCAUCAAUUAGCAAAUUAGCAUUACAAGAUGAGUCCUCAGCAUUUGAAUCUGUGAGCUGCUCUGAAAAAUCUGCAAAUGAUGGUCCUGCCGAUGUCAAUGCUUUGGCUGCUGACGUUGAUGGUCCUGCUGUUGCCUCAACCACUACAUUUAGCACAUCCAGAGCACCAUCUUUAACACCACCUCAUCAACAUUUGCAAGGAAAAGCCGGGAAGUACAAAGAAUGUCGCGACAACGUUACAGGAAAAUACGUGAUGGACGGACAAAGUGAUGGCCAGAAUGAAUCGAGGGGCCCAGAAGCUCGGUGUUUUUCAAGACCUCCAUAUCGCGCUUGGCAGCUGUGUGUUCAGGCAAUUGCUAAUGCUCUGAACAGACAAAGCACUGUGAAGGAUAUACAUGAUUACGUCAUGAAACACUACCCGUAUUUCAUGUCAAAUAAUUUAUGGAAGAACACAGUGCGUCGUGCACUCUAUUGCAGCAAAUACUUCGUCAAAAUCCCAGAAACGAAAAAUGAGGAAGGUACAUGCCUCUGGAAAAUUGAUCCAGCAUUAGAGUGUGAAUUACUAAGGAAAGCAUUCAAGCCUAAACAGUCCCUGCUGAAGAACCAGAACAAACAUCUAUUGUCUAAUAUGAAGAUGAAGUUCUCGAGCAGAAAGUCAUCAAUUAGCAAAUUAGCAUUACAAGAUGAGUCCUCAGCAGUUGAAUAUGUGAGCUGCUCUGAAAAAUCUGCAAAUGAUGGUCCUGCCAAUGUUGAUGGUACGGCUGAUGAAGUUGAUGAACUUGCGGAUACUGAUGCUUUGGCUGCUGACGUUGAUGGUCCUGCUGUUGCCUCAACCACUGCAUUUAGCACAUCCAGAGCACCAUCUUUAACACCACCUCAUCAACAUUUGCAAGGAAAAGCCGGGAAGUACAAAAAAUGUCGCGACAACGUUACAAGAAAAUACGUGAAGUACAGACAAAGAGGUGACCAGGUAGGUUGGGAGACAGGUACAGAAGCUGUCACUGGACACUCCACCUGCAAUACCCUCUUGGUGGCAAUAUAAAUAUAAUAAACUAGAGUGAAUAAGUUUCUGGAUUAUGUAUUGACAGGCGAGGCAGC